GUCAACCAAGCAAGCCACUGAACUGUGCUUCAUAUUUAAAAGUUGACAGUUUUUUUCCCCCUUUUCUCUAUUGAAAUGGAGAUUGCUUUUGAUAACCUGGACGCAGCUGGUUUCCUGGAAAUCUGGCAACACUUUGAUGCUGAUGAUAAUGGCUACAUUGAGGGCAAAGAGCUUGAUGAAUUUUUCCGUCACAUGAUUCAGAGACUGGGUCCACAGGAGAAAGUGACUGAAGAGAGAGUUCAGAAACUGAAGCAGAAGUUUAUGUCUGCCUACGAUGUCACUGCUGAUGGGAAACUACAGAUUCAGGAGUUGGCCAAUAUGAUCCUCCCUGAGGAUGAGAAUUUCCUGUUAGUUUUCCGCAGAGAAUCUCUUCUGGACAACAGCGUUGACUUCAUGAAGAUAUGGAGGAAGUAUGAUGUGGACUGCAGCGGCUACAUAUCAGCUCAGGAGCUCAAGGCUUUCCUGAAAGACCUGUUCCAGCAGCACCACAAGGAAGUGUCUUCUGAUAAGCUGGAGGAGUACACUGACACAAUGAUGAAAAUCUUUGACAAAAACAAGGAUGGCCGUUUGGAUCUGAACGACUUGGCCAGGAUCUUGGCUUUACAAGAGAAUUUCCUGCUCCAGUUCCAAAUGGAUGCCUGCAGUAAACAGGAGAUGAAGAGAGACUUUGAGAAGAUCUUUGACCAUUAUGAUGUUAGUAAGACAGGAGCGCUGGAGGGUCCUGAGGUGGACGGCUUUGUCAAAGAUAUGAUGGAGCUGGUCAGGCCCACCAUCACGGGUCCUGAGCUGGACAAGCUGCGAGUCGUCCUGCUGAGCCACUGUGAUGUUAACAAGGAUGGGAAGAUACAGAAAAAUGAGCUCUCUCUCUGUCUGGGUGUCAAGCCUAAACCUUAAAGUUAUAGUACAGUAUGGUAUUAUGAAACACUGACUCUGUAUUUGUUGUUUUGUCAAUCAGUUGUGUACUGAGAAUGCGCUAAUGUUAGAACUUUAUGUUUUGUUAUUAUUGAAUUAUUUAAGGUCAUUAUUUGAUUGUGAUUAUGAUACAAACAAUUUGAUGAUUAAAAGAAAAAACAUAUUACAGUACAAGUUAAACUAUUAACUAUCAGUCAAAAUUCAAUAUGCACACUUAAAAUAUUAACUGAGAUUAUUACUUUUAGAGUUCCUAAAUAAGAUAAUCAUUACUCAUCAUCAUUUAAGAAUCUUAUAAAUCAGCUUUGAUCAUGAAGUACUUUUAGUGCUCCAUUGCUAUAGGACUAACAAUUAUAUUCAUUGUCAAUUAAUCUGAUGAUAAUCCUUUUACUUCAUUGAUUAGAUAUGGAUUCAUUUUCUGGUGAUCAACUAACUUUUAAUGAACUGUUGCAGCUCUACAUUACUAUAUUGUUCAAGAUUACAUUUUGACAAUGUUUGUUGGUAUUUGCUGUAUCAUCCUUCACUAUAAUUGCAGUAAUUCUGUAACAAAUUAAAAACCAAAAACUGAUA